CUGGAACCAUUUAAGCUUGCACCCGACUCAGUUUUCAACAGCCAAAGAUCAACGUGCGCACAAUACAAAGAGAUUCAUGGAAACUGUGAACGGAAACCAUACAUUCAACUACAAGCAUCUAAGACCAAACCCAAUAUUAGUGAUGAAGACGAUGAUGUCAGUGUGAGAAAUGACACCAUAAGUAUUAAUGAUAUUCACGGUCGGGAUGUAUUUGGCUAUGAUGUAGAAGGUUAUGAUAUAGCAGGGUAUAGCCGUGAUGGGGAAUAUAAAUCUAGCGUCUACAAAAUUGAAAGCCAUGAAAAUUUAAGGGAACACACUGAUGAUAGUAGCAUUGAAGCUAAAGUUAAUACUCAAUCUAUCAGUGAGAAAUGCCUCUAUAUAAGGACAUUCCUAGAUCUGCAAAAGCAAUUAAGAAAGUGUACCUUGUCGAUGUUAAUGAAGAUAAAGCGAAUAUGUGAGCGACAAAGCAACAUUCCUAAUCAGUGGAUCAAAUAUUAUUGGCUGUUCAGACAUCAGCAGGUGAACCUUCUAAAGGAAAUAUCAAACGAUAUUCAGAAUAGACUCAAACAAAACCUCACCGUACCCCCGGAGAUGUCAACUGAGUCCACUUCGAGUAACAAUGAAAUGGACAAGAGGUUCUGUUUCGAGAGCAAACACCUCAGAAACAGCCAUAUUACCCAUCCAGACUGCCCAGACGAAGCAUGCAUUGAUGCAAUCUGUCCGAAUCAACCCAGAGCCAAAUGCAAAGUGAUCAAACAACAUGGGGAAUGUCAGGCAACUUGGUACAAUGAGACAAACGCUCGGAAAGUCGUCAACUGCACCAAACAGUGUUCUUUGGACAAUUACAGAAGUGAAGACUCAAAGGGGUUCCCCUGUCACUAUUGUACAUGUACAGAUGGAGUUGUAGAAUGUGUAAAGAGACGUUGCCCUACUCCUCGCUGUGAAUACCCUGCAAGACUACCUGCUCAAUGUUGUCUGACGUGUUACAGCUGUGAGUACAAUGAUACCAUAUAUGGUCAUGGUGAUGAAAUUAAAGUACCCGAUCGACCCUGUGAUUUCUGUCGAUGUAAUGCUGGAAAUCUUUACUGUAUUCCACAACCUUGUCCAAGGUGUCAAAGUCAAGCGGCUUCUAGUCCAAAAACUUCAAGUUUAAAAUGCUGCCCUAACUGUGCAGAUUGUAAUGGACACAAAAAUGGAACAACCUGGUACGCCAGUCCAUGCAAAACAUGCACUUGCUUGAAUGGAGUUGAGAAAUGUAAGAAGAAAAUCUGCCCUAAUCCUUUGUGCUCUCAUCCAGCUAAAAACAAGCAUAAAUGCUGUCCUGAAUGUCUGGGUUGUAGUCUUCAACAGAAAAUAUUCCGCAAUCGGGAAAAAUUCUUGAAGCAUAACUCCCCGUGUGACGUGUGUCUAUGCAGUCAGGGCAAUAUAACAUGCGAGAGACGAACAUGUCCCCGGGGAAAGUGCCAGCACCCAGCUGUCCCUCGGGGACGGUGUUGUCCUCAGUGUAGAGAUUGUUACUAUGAAGGCAGAUUCUACAAAAAUGGUUCUGAAUUCGCUCACCCAGUAGAUGUCUGUAAAAGAUGUCGCUGUAAAUCAGGGUCCGUGAGAUGUAAGCUUGAUUGCCAGCCUCAGGAAUAAUUCCCCAAAUUUCUUCUAGAAACCUAGAUCAUUCAGCACCUGUUUCUACAAGGAAAUAAUAUCUUUAUGGCAAAGUAGUACAUAUGUACAUAUUAUGUUACAAGAAAGUGACAACAAAUGCCUAGUCUGCCAAUUUACUUAUAGGAUUAAAAUGUAAUUUGAAAGCAUGGCCAUUCAUUAACAUCCUGUGAAGGGACGACGAUUGAUGCAUGAUACAUGU